UGCUGCAUCGCCAUGUGACCUCUCUGAAUCUCUCUUUCUCUCUGUCUGUCUUUCUAAAAGUAAUUAUUUUUUUAAUUUUUUUUUCCAUUGAUGAAAGCUGAACCUAACCAAACUUGUUAUGCAAUAAGAUAAGGAAGAAUUUGUUUGAUUUUUUUGGGUGCAAAAACGAAGUGUCAACCAACCUGUAUCUAUCUUUCAAUCUCUGUUUAUCUUAAUUUGUACUUCAUCAACCAAAACCAGAAACCGAAAGCCCCAUCUCAACUGUCUUUAGCUUGAUCUUCCUCCGAGGGGAAAAAUCGUCUGUUACAGCUUGUUGUUUAAGUCUCUGUGUUUUGAGGGAGGGGGGUGGGGGUUUAAAUGGAGAUGGCUUCAGAACUGCAGAAACCCAAGAAGAACAACAGAGGGUUCUAUGUGAAGAUGAGGAUAUUACACAAAGGCAGACAACAUGAGAAAAGCCUGUUUUUCAAGUACUACAAAUGGGUUCUUUGGUUUUCAUUUACCCUCUAUUUUCUCACCUCUUUCUUCAUUAGUAACAAGCCAAUCCCUUUGUCGAAAACCCGAGUUUCUGGUUCCAAAUCCUCCAUAGCGUCUCGUGUCUUGUUUGAAUCUGUCAACAAAACUAGUCAUAAAUCCAAACACAAAGACCCAGCUUCGUUCAAAGACUUGAAGAUAUACAUCUAUGAACUACCAUCAGAAUACAACGAAGACUGGCUUUCCAACAAGCGAUGCAGCAACCACUUGUUUGCCUCAGAGGUGGCAAUUCACAGAGCCUUGAUGAACACCUACGACUUGAGAACAUUCGACCCUUACGAAGCUGAUUUCUUUUUUGUCCCUGUUUAUGUCGCCUGCAACUUCAGCACUGUUAAUGGUUUCCCUGCAAUUGGCCAUGCUCGCUCUCUUUUAUCCUCCGCUAUCCAACUUAUCUCCACGAAUUACCCUUUCUGGAACCGCUCCCUAGGUUUCGAUCACAUCUUCGUCGCCUCCCAUGAUUAUGGAGCUUGCUUCCACGCCAUGGAGGAUAGAGCUAUUGAUGAUGGGAUUCCGGAGUUUCUGAAGAACUCGAUAAUAUUACAAACUUUCGGGGUUAAUUACAAGCACCCUUGUCAGGAUGUUGAAAAUGUUCUUAUACCGCCUUAUAUUCCGCCGGAAAGUGUACGGAAGACCCUAGAGAAAGCUCCGUUGACCGGGAACCGAGACAUCAUGGUCUUUUUCAGGGGCAAAAUGGAGGUCCACCCCAAAAACAUUAGUGGAAAAUUUUACAGCAAGAGGGUGAGGACGGAAAUUUGGCGGAGAUACAAUGGAGACCGGAGGUUUUACUUGCAAAGACAUCGAUUCGCUGGUUACCAGUCAGAAAUCGUACGGUCGGUCUUUUGUUUGUGUCCACUUGGGUGGGCCCCUUGGAGCCCGAGGCUUGUUGAGUCCGUGGCCUUGGGCUGCGUCCCGGUGAUCAUAGCGGACGGUAUCCGGUUGCCCUUUUCCUCCGCCGUGAACUGGCCAGAAAUCUCCCUCACGGUGUCGGAAAGGGACGUCGGCAUGCUGGGGAGAAUCCUGGAACACGUCGCGGCGACGAAUCUGUCCACGAUCCAGAAAAACUUGUGGGACCCGGCGGUCGCGCGGGCUCUACUGUUCAAUGAUCACAUGAAAGAAGGAGACGCCACGUGGCAGGUUCUCGACUCGCUUUACAAUAAGCUGGACCGGUCCUACAAGAGGUCAAGGGUUUCGAGCCAAUAGGAAGAGAACAGGUCGGAUGAGUUCCUUGGGCGAUCGGGUUGCCAGCUAAGGAACUGCUCUACCCCAAGGUGAAUGCGGCUGCAUGGGGAAGUUAUAAUGGAGGACAGCUAGGAUGGCCGGUGUAUUUAUCAGAAGGAUAGAAUUUUAUUUUAUUCUAUACGAAUGGGUCGGUGGGCCCACCAAAAAGCAUGAUAAUUUUUGUUUUUUUUUUUUGAGAUUUUUCCUCGAAAAAUACCAUAGUUAAUUAUAGAAAUAGCCUUUGUACAUGGAGAAAGAGAACAAAGAAACUUAUUUUUUGGGUAUAUAAUACAACAUGUAAUAGGUUUUCAUAGGGACAAGACAGCCCAUCUGGCCAUGUUCAAGUUUUGAUUUGUGUUUUUGGAACUUGGUGCACACUGGUUUUGUGUAUAUUAUUCAUUUCCAUGGGCAUUUUUGAGA